AGGAGCGGCUUCCUCGCAUAGGGCGGCGUUCAAAGGGGACCCGGAAACGAGGGUCCUUUAAAACGAAUAGACUUGGGGUGGCCGAGUUUGUCCGCUCCGCCCCCCCCCCGCGCCGAUACCCUAACGGAGUCUCGUGCUUAUUACGUCAUCAAAAAGGCGCCCAGGCGUGAGGCGUCCUAGAGGGAAGUCGACGUUCGGGACCACAGGAGGGGGAGUCGGCUCCAGAGGAAGCGAGGGCGAUGGUUUGGCCCGACUGAGCGGCUUCUCUGGGCUGCAGGGAGUCCCUCAGUUCCUACCUUCGGAGGUGUGCGGCGGCGUCCUUAACCCUUCGCAUCCCCAGUGGGUGCUUCGGCCCCUCCUGCUUCCGGGUUUACUUGGAGUAGAGACCAGUCGCCCCAUCUCUUAAAAGCCCUUCAGGCGCAGUAGCCCUGCAGAGCGCGUCCCCCUCAAGUCUUCAUUCCCAUCGAAAACCCUGCGAGGGACUUGACAUCUGAGGAAGCAAGACCUAAUCGAGCCGUCAAUUCCACCUCGUGACAGCCUUGUCAAGUCUGCUGUCCAAUGAAGCAGAGAUUAAUGAAGCCCGCCUAUCGCUUCCAGGGGUAGGGUUCAGACUUUUAACUACUCACUUAAAACUGCUGAAAUAUGUAACAAAAUCAAGCCAUUCGAUUUACCCAUGAUAUUGCCAAACGGUACUGCUCGUAGCUUUGAAUGGACUUUGUUAACAGAUCAGUUGCAUACUAUUUGUGGCGCAAAUGGGGGUGAAUAUUUACUUGCCGCAUGCUCUCAUGUCGUCUUCAUGAAGCUGUGGAAAAAGUUCUGCUUGGUGGAUGACGUCCAAUUUCCCACAGUGGUCACCCAGAUGUCUAUAGGAAUCCAACCACAGAGCAUAAGUGUAGUUUCCCAGCAACUAGAAUUUAGAGGCAUGCUUAUAGCAAUUUUGACUACUUCCAUGAGUUUGUCUAAUUCAUUUUUAAAGCCAACUAAGUUGGUGACCAUCAGCAAUUUUAAGAGCAUAGCAAUAUGUUGUGUGCGGAAAUAUUUCCUUUCUACCACUCGGCUUCAUUGAACAACUCAAGGUUCCAGAACAGGGUUUUUUGAAACUUGGCAAGCUUCUAGGGACUGCAUGCUAACAGUGGGCAUGGUCACCCAAAGUCUGCAGGCAUACUAUGCAUAUGAAUAGGUCAAAACACAAUCCCUCUUCAGGGUGGAGAGAUUACUGUGAUCAUCACCCUGAUCUCUCCCCCGCUCAGCUGAAACAGAGGCCAUCACCUUUCCCAACAGAAUGUUAGGGAAACCAAGCUGACCUACCAGGCCCCAUCUCAAAGGGAGCAAAGGCAGGGUUGGACAGAACAGAAUCUCCAGUGUUGGCUGAGCUCUCUGAUGUUCUCCAAGCAGUGACACUGCUGUCUAUUCAUUUCAGAAGAUUCCGUCCAUGUCUUAAUUUAGACUGCUGAGAACACUGGAAGUUGCCAACCAUUGAACAUUCCCUGUUGACUGGAUAGGUUUGUGGUUUUUUAAAAAGUUUUUAUAUUGCCACUGCUGCUCAUAAAAGCAGGAAAAAGAGGACUUGCAGAGAAUGCUGGACGCUGGUUUGUGUGGGUGGAUGUUUAUGUUGCUGCCACCAAUAAAAACAGGAGAUUGAUGGGCUGUUCAGAAUGGAUUGGUGCAUCACUGGUUCCCCACCCCUGUUCUAGUAUUAUGGGAGGGAGAAAAACUUCCCUCUAUCCACUUUCUUUAUGCUCUUCAUAAUUUCAUAAGCUUUCAUCACAUCCCCACCACUUGCCUUCUUUCUAAACUAAGAAGCCCAAAUCUUUCCUCAUACCACCAUGGUGAAAAGAAUGAAAAACUGGUUUGUUACCUUUCUGCUCCUAGAUGUUGCUGCAGCCAGAAUUGUAGUUGGCUUGCUGGGGAUCAGGAUUCUCACUUGGAGGUGUCUGGACAGGAUAGAUGCCUAUCUCCUGCCUGCUUUCCUGACCACUUUCUGGAAUGAUAGUUGGUCUGGGUGGUUAAGCAUGUAAAUAUAUAUUUUUUAAAAAACAAAGUCUUUGCUGUCUAUAAUUUUGUACAUGACUAUAGUUUAUAAAAUGGUGUGUUAAUUAGCUUAGUUAAAGUUAACUAAUUUUUUCUUUUUCUUUUUGAUCUCUAGAAAAAAAUGAGUGGAGGGUUAGCACCAAGCAAAAGCACAGUUUACGUGUCCAAUUUGCCCUUCUCUUUGACAAACAGUGACUUAUACAGAGUAAGCAUGAAUACUUUGAAAUUAUGUAUGAAUUUUAAGUAUGAUAUAUAAAGCCUUAGGCAGCUCAGGACUACAGUACCUCAAGGACUGCCUCUACCCAUAUGAACUGGCCAGGACCCUGUGAUCAUCAUCUGAAGCCGUUCUUUGUGUGCCUCCUCUGCAAGAGGUCCAGACUGUGGCAACACGAGAACAGGGCUUUUCUGCAGUGGUUCCCCAUUUGUGGAAUGCUCUCCCCAAGGAUGCUUGCCUGGCUCCUUCAUUACAUAUCUUUAGGCAUUUCUCUAUAAUGAAGCCUUCGGCCAAUUAAACAAUCUGUGGCAUUUUAAAUGUAUUUGUGGGAGGGGGGUUAUUGAUUCGUUUUUGUUUUUCAUGUAUUUUGUCUUUGCAUUUUGUAUUUUUAUGUUGUGAGCCACCCUGUGGAUCUUUCGAUGAAGGGUGGUAUAGAGAUUUAAUAAAUAAAUAUCAAGUUUUAGCUACUUUGUGCAUAGCCGUAGGUUGCAUGUUACAUUGUUUCUCUUGUCUUACGGAAAAACACUUACCGUAUUUUUCGCCCUAUAGGACACACUUUUUCCCCUCCAAAAAUGAAGGGGAAAUGUGUGUGCGUCCUAGGGGGCGAAUGCAGGCUUUCGCUGAAGCCUGGAGAGCAAGAGGCGUCGGUGCACACCGACCCCUCUCACUCUCCAGGCUUCAGGAAGCUCUGCGCAACCCUCGGGAGACCGGUGCAACUUCGCGCCGGGCUCCCAAGAGCUGCACAGAGCUGCCUGCAGUCCCGGGCUUCGCACCGCUCUCCGCAAACCUGGGGAGACCGGGGCAACUUCCCACCGGGCUCCCUAGGCUUGCGGAUAGCAGGCUGUUCUUGGGGCUGGGGUCGGGGGAAGCUCGGGCUUCCCCCACGCCUGGGGGGGAAAUAAAUUUUUUUCUUUAUUUCCCCCCCCCAAAAAAAACUAGGUGCGUCCUAUGGGGCGGUGCGUCCUAUGGGGCGAAAAAUACGGUAUUUGCAUUCUUGUUACACAUUGCCUUACCUAAACAGCUAAAAUCCCUUUUUAUGUCUUUUUCAGAUUUUUUCCAAAUAUGGCAAAGUGGUUAAGUGAGUAAAGAUUUGACAUAUAUUGCAUAUUUUUAAUUAUGGUUUGUGACAAUUAACAUAUGGAGCUAGUUCACAUGUAACAUUUAGAGUAGCCCGUUUAAAAUUUACAAGCCAGCAGCAUUAUUUCUGAAUGGGAAUGGGAAUUUAUGCAUUCAUGAGCAAUCUGAUAAUGAUUUUUUUUGUCCUGCUAGAGAAACAUGAGCAGUUCUAUUUCUCAUCCAGACAUAUUUUAGAUGGCUAAAAUUCAUUUUUUUUUUACAUAUGGAAACUGUGAUCCUUCAAGCGAUGAUGGACCCUGACUCCCAUUAUCUCUGACCAUUGGCUAUGCUUGCUGGGGCUGAUGGGAGUUCAACAACAUCUGGGGGGGGGGGCACAGAUUUCCUCUCCCUGCUUUAAAGCUUCAGCCAGCUGAUACUAUUGAAGGUGAUACUUCAUAUAACCUGGUCUCAAACCACUUAGGACUUCAAUGAUAUAUGAACUGUUAACAAGCUUUGUAUUGUAAUAAUUGUUACAUAUAAAACGCGUCAAAGAGCAAAUAAUUCAAAAAGUGCAUUUUUAUCCUGAGUGAUAUAUAAACACACUGUUCUUUUGUUCAUAUCAGUAACUUGCUUGUGUUUCAGAGUGACAAUUAUGAAAGACAAAGACACACGAAAGAGCAAAGGGGUUGCUUUUAUUUUGUUCUUGGAUAAAGAAUCAGCACAGAACUGUUCUCGGACGCUUAACAAUAAACAAGUGAGUGACAACAGCAUACAUUGUUAUGAGGAAGCUUUUGAUUUGUUCAGAAAACUUAAGGUUGUAUUUGCUUUUCUUGCCACUUGCAUUUAGCUGUUUGGAAGAGUAAUAAAAGCAAGUAUUGCUAUUGACAAUGGAAGAGCUGCAGAAUUCAUCCGCAGGCGAAACUACUACGACAAAUCAAAGUGCUAUGAAUGUGGAGUGAGUAUAUUUAUAAGGGCUCUAGCAGAAGUAUCUAUUUUUGGUCACGCUCUUAUUCUUAAACCAGUUCAGCUUGAAGCACACUUCUGGAUUACCAACUAUUAAAUUGCUAGAUAAAUUGUUAGAAUUAUUUUCCAGCAUAUAUAUAACUUUCAAAAGUCAACUUGCAGAUGGCAAUUCCUUCUUGCUUUAUCACAAUUCGUAUGCUAAUAUUCACAUGCACUCUAGUUCAUGCUUCUGUUUUUAAGUGUUUGCAAAUACUACACUGUCUCUUCCAAAGAGUAACACAUACCUGAGGUACAGUGGUGCCUCGCAAGACGAAAUUAAUUCGUUCCGCAAGUCUCUUCGUCUUGCGAGUUUUUCGUCUUGCGAUGCACGGUUUCCCAUAGGAAUGCAGUGAAAAUCAAUUAAUGCGUUCCUAGGAAACCGCCUUCAGACCAGGUCCGGGGACAGUCUGUCCCCGGACCUCUUCUGAAGGCUGGGGGGCAAGGGCUUUUCUUCCCACCCCCAGCAUUAAAAAACCCCGGACAGCGGAGAAGUCCUCCGCUGUCCGGGCGAUCUUAAAAUGCUGGCGGGCGGCAUUUUAAAAUCACCCCGGGACAGCGGAGGACUUCUCCGCUGUCCGGGGCAAUUUAAAAGCCCCUGGGAAGGCAGGCAGGGGGGACAAAGACUUUCGCCCUCGCCAGCCUUCAGAAGAGGUCCUGGACCUCUUCUGAAGGCGGGCGGGGGCGAAGUCUUUGCUCCCCGCCUUCAAAGCCCUCCGGGACAGGCAGGCAGGGGGAGCAAAGACUUCGCCCCGCCCGCCUUCAGAAGGUCUUCCCUCCCCCGCCCGGCUCGGAGCACCGUCCGGCCGGGCGGCGGCGGGAGGUCUUCCCUCCCCCGCCCGGCUCGGAGCACCGUCCGGCCGGGCGGCGGCGGAGGUGUUCCCUCCCCGCCCGGCUCGGAGCACCGCCCGGGCCGGGCGGCGGGGGAGGUCUUCCUCCCCACCGCCCGGCUCGGAGCACCGUCCGGGCCGGGCGGCGGGGGAGGUCUUCCUCCCCCCGCCCGGCUCGGAGCACCGCUCCGGCCGGGCGGCGGCGGCAGGUGUUCCCUCCCCCGCCCGGCUCGGAGCACCGCCCGGGCCGGGCGGCGGCGGCAGGUGUCCCUCCCCCGCCCGGCUUCGGAGGAGCCUUCCGAGCCCGGCGGCGGCGGGAGGAGGUGUCCCCGCCCCGCCGCCAGGCUUCGGAGGAGGUCCGAGGACAGUGGGGAAGACGCGCUGCGCUUCCCGCUGUCCCUGAGAUUUCCCUAUGGGCUGUCGUCUUGCGAAGCAAGCCCAUAGGAAAUUGCUUUAUGAAGCGCCUCCAAAACGGAAAACCCUUUCGUCUAGCGGGUUUUCCGUCUUGCGAGGCGUUCGUCUUGCGGGGUACCACUGUAUAGGCCCACUUUCUCAAAAUAUGCAUUUGUGAGGUGGGGAAUGUUAAAGUUCACAGUCCUUCACACUUUUGCUGCUUGAGUAUACUCGUGUGUAGGCACCUUGUUAGAAGCUUUCCAUUUAGCAGAGUUUCUGAAAGCAGUGGUCAGCAAUUGAAGCUACACUUUGAGAAGAAACACUCACAGACACCAUAAAACUCAGUCAAGUGAUUUAUUGCUUGACUGGUCAUAAACGCAUCAUGGUAGCACUAUUUAUAAUCAUUAUAGCAAUAGCUGUAAUGGCAUACUUAAGUUUCAGUUCCUGUUUCUUUUUAGUAACGAUGUAGGCAAACACAGUCUAUAGGCAGUCAUGACGCAUCAGUUUGCAGAUAGCAUUUGGUGGUCAGUCGUCUGCAAAAAGUGAAAAUGAAAGUUCUCCUUUUAUUGGCCCUUCCAGCUGAAGCUGCACGUGCUCAGAGUGCCUUUCCCACUUAUAUACGACUGUUCUGGAAUCUUCUCCCUGUUCCUGGAUGAAUGACUUCCUAACAGGGAAACCCUAGAAUCUCUUUGCACUUCAAGAAUUAAUAAAUAAUUAGUUAGCAUAGUGGUUUGUUUGUAUAUUGAUUCUCAAAGCUGUUGUGCUUUUCUGUGAAUUCUGUUCACAAAUAUGUAUACCUUUUCUCUUAAGGAAACGGGGCAUUUAAGCUAUGCAUGUCCUAAGAACAUGCUAGGGGAGCGUGAGCCACCUAAAAAGAAAGAAAAGAAGAAAAGAAAGAAAGCGAUAGAAGAAGAAGAAGAGGAAGAAGAAGAAAUGUAAGUGCAAGGAGAUGUAUGAAGCAGCUUUCAUUUCCCCAUUUUUUUCUUGUGAGUUUAUAAGAUAUAUUUGGAUGUCUCCCCUCUCCUUUGUUUAUUUCUUUGCUGCUCAGUGAGGGAGAACCAGAAAGUGAAGAGGAGGGAGAAGACCCUGCCCUUGAUAGCCUCAGUCAAGCUAUAGCUUUCCAGGUACUAAAAAUACCUAUUUUGAUUCUAAUUAAAUGUUAGCAUUCUAAUUUUUAAAGGAAAGCUGUAGAGAUUCAGAAUGUACAGGAAGGGAUUGUUCUGCUCGCUUCUGUUCAGUGUCAUAAUUGGUGCUAGUCUCUUUUCCAAAGCUAUGGGACUCCUUCAGGUAGUGAUAAAGCGGGACAUCAAAUCCAAACUCUUCUAUGCUCUCCAGGAUGAUCUGUAGAUGUAGCCAAUGGACAACUGGGGAUUUCUCACGAUUCACAUCAUGAUGCUCAUCUUGUCCCUGGUUAAAUGGCUAGUUACAAGAAAAAACACAAAGAGAAACUAGUUUGGAAAAGUGCCAGCCAUUAAGGUUUAUUGUAGUUCUCAACAUGUUUUGGAACUGAACUUCUUUCUUUGGGAGCAAUCCUGGACUUCCUGAAGCAGAUUUCUUUUCUGAAGUGGCUUUCCCAAAUUUUUCCUCAUGGUGCUUGUGCAAACUGCUUCAGAUAUUUGUGUAAGCCACUACAGAAAGUCUAAGAUAGCUUCUGAAAAAGGAACUUCAGUUCCAUAAUGCCACAAGGUGCAGUAAAACAUACCGUAUUUUUCGCCCUAUAGGACGCACUGGCCCAUAGGACGCACCUCGUUUUAUUGGGGGGGGGGGAAAUGAAUUAAAAAUAUAUAUUUCCCCCGACCCCAGCACCCAGAACAGGCUGCUAGCCGCAAGCCUUGCGAGCCCGGCGGCAACUCCCGCGGGGCUCGCAAGGCUUGCGGACACCUGCGCGAAGCACGGGGCGCCCUCCGGGCUGCAGGCUGCUGCCCGCAAGCCUUGCGAGCCCGCGGGAACUCCCUCCGGGCUUGCAAGGCUUGCGGAUAGCUUCCUGAAGCCUGGAGAGCGAGAGGGAUCGGUGCGCACCGACGCCGCUCACUCUCCAGGCUUCAGCGAAAGCCUGCAUUCGCCCCAUAGGACGCACACCCAUUUCCCCUUCAUUUUUGGAGGGGAAAAAGUGCGUCCUAUAGGGCGAAAAAUACGGUAAUAGCUGGCACUCCUUGAGAACUAGUUUCUCCUUCUUUUCUCUCUCUUUCCCAUUGGAGGUCAACAAUUCUUAUGCAUCACCAGUUGCCCGGGACUAGAGUUUGAUCAAGUGCCCUGACUCUAUCCUAUGGUUUUAAAACCUGACAUUUGGGUGUAAUGGGGUUUUGUUUAGUUCGGUGUGGGUUGCUGUUUUAGAAAACACUGUAUUCUGCUUCGUUGCGUUCCUGGAGAAACCAUUAUCAUUAUAGUGUUAGCAAUAAAGAUUCAGAAGCCAAGAUACAAAUCCCACAUUUCUGUUAAACUGUGUGACUUCAGAACAGUGAUUUCAGUCCAAAUAUCCUGCUAUGCUAGUGAGAGAUGCUUCUUCUCACAUAGAAAGUGGAGUAGCAUCUUCCUUCAUCAUCUCCCGAAAAGCAACUCCAAAUGGCCAAGGGACCAUCUACAGCAGCUCUUCAGGGUGGGAAGUAAGCGGCAGACAUUCAUCAUAUACAAGCAGGAGGCCAUCUGCCUUCAUAGUGGGAUCUAUUUUGUGUUAGUUAUUUACAAUACAUGUCAACAGUAAUUCAUCUUGCACUAAAAAUCUUUCCAUGGCCAGGGAAGUAAUUUUUCUAAUCCUUCCAAAAGGAAGAUUGCAUAAGAGGAAAUGGUUCAGUGUUGCAGGCGAGGCAGUGGCGCAGAUUCAAGCAAUGUAGUACCAAGAAAAGGACUGGCCCGUCAAUAAGUAUAUUUCGCAUUACAUAAUUUCAUGUAACUCUCUGUCUUCAAUUGUCAUGCAGCAAGCCAAAAUUGAGGAAGAGCAGCAAAAAUUGGUGCAGGCAGAAGAAGAGGCCUCAACCUCUGAUUCAAGACGACCGCGGAUCAAAAAAAGUGCAUAUUUUAGUGACGAGGAAGAACUUAGUGAUUGAUUCAUAUACCAUGUACAUUUAUAAAAUGUAGGCUUCUUUUAUUCUACACACGUUUGUGAUGCUAUGAAGACUUCUCUUCUAUUGUAAAUAAAAAUAACAGUAAUUUGAGGA